AUGGCAAUCCGCUUCAUCUCCGCUGCAGUGGCACCAACGGCAGUUACCAUCUGGAGUUGGCCGGCGCAGCAGACUGACGCCCCUUCAGGGUGGAUCGGCACGGCUACGCAGCGCGCGCCACCAAAUAAGAGCGCUCCCGCGGAUACAACCAUCGGACCCAGCUUUCCGUUGUCUGCAGACGCCAAGGUAGCAGAAAGUGAGGCCGCGGCUCGGGCAUCGUUUGACUCUCCUUCUGAACGCUUCUUCACGAAGCCCAGGAGCUUCGAAUGCGAAGCCACUGGUAGCCGACCGGCGGCAAAUGUGACGUGGUUUCUGGACGGAACUGCAGUAGAUCCGGCCUUCAGCCGAAGUGUGUCCGAGGGCAACGUGACGACGAGCAUGCUUCUGCUGCCGGCGUCUGCGCAGUCCGGCCGGCUGCUCGAGUGCCGUGCCAUCAACGGUAACCUGCCCGAGAGCCGAGGCGUGCUCAGCCGCUUCCUCAAGGUGGACAUGUCGCACAAGACAGAGGUGAGCAUACGGCUCGGCCUGGGCCUCGAUGUAAGCCGCAUCACCGAAGGAGCGGAUGUCUACAUGGAGUGCUCGGUGCUUGCUGCCUCCAAGGUCACCGAGGUCACCUGGCGUCGCGACGGAACCGAAAUCAAGGGACUCACUGAAGCCGAAGGCUCGUCCGACGCUCUGGUCAUCUCGCGCUACCUGGUCAUCCGAGGCGUGAGCGUCGACCAGUCCGGACGGUACACCUGCACGGCCAACACCGCUGACGGCGAAAGCGCCGAGAGCGCCCCGCUGGAGGUCCGCGUCAGACACGCGCCCCGAUGCGGCGUUCGGCGGGACAAGCUCCUAGCGGCGCGGCCCAACGAGCAACUGAACGUGACCUGCGACGUGAGCGCGGAUCCCAGCGAAGGGCUGCGCUUCUUCUGGAUUGCCGAGGAUGACACGGGGAAGAGGCGUCAUGUUACGCGGAGAGAUGGCGCCACUGGAGCCGAGGAACCGGACUUCGAAGACCGGCUUCCGGAACUGCAGGACUCGAACCGUCUCGAAGUGCUCGUCGACGAGCACCUGUUUCACGCGACGCUUCUCUGCUGGGCGCGGAACAGCGUGGUUGAGCAAGCGUCGAGCCUCGACUGCGUGGUGGGUAACUACACGGAUACGUCAUUCUCGGUCACGUGUGCGUCGCGCCGACGCGGCCGUGCCAGGAGCGGCGCACACGACCAUGGAGCUCCAGCAGCUAAGUCCCGACUGCGCAUCGAGCUGUUCGAUGCGACGGCGGGUAACCGGUCGGUGCGAGGAUUCUGGGUCGCCACCGAGACCGGCAGGGCGAGCACUGCCGGUGGUGAGCCGCUGUUCCUGACGGGCCUCAAACCGGCCACGGACUACCUGGUGGUGGCGCGGCUAGAACCGGAAGCGAACGCGUUCACCACUUACGUCAGGACUCUGGCACCUGCCCAGACUGUCAGAGAGCGGAAAGAGCACGCAUCAACGGAAAGCACAACCAGGAUGCCUCCCAUGACGACUACGAUCACCGUCAUCGUUUGCAUUGUCGCUACCGCCACGUUAGGCCUAGCAGCCACCGGCACGGCGCUAUGGUUCAAGUACCACAGGAGACGAUCUCGACUGCUGAGCGCCGCCGCAGCUCGAAAACACGCCGAACACAAGGCGUACCUCGCUUCAGACGCUUCGUGCAGCUGAUACUGCGGACAAGCGGAACGCGUUUGCUAUUAGCGCUCUCAUACUUUCCUCAAGUUCACUGUGUUCGCACCUCCAAGUCCUUACCAACAAUGUCGUUCCCGAUGAAAGCAUCGCGAGAACGAGACGUGCCUUCACUACAAAUGUGUACUUUAUCACUCUUCUCGAUACUGUGCGUCGUUAGAUACGUUAAGGUGAAGCUCUACCUCAAGCGCCUCUAUCUAAAUACAGUAAAACCUCGCUAUAACGAAGUUGAAGGGAGAGCCAGAGUUACUUCGUUAUAUUCAUUAUUGCAUGUACUGUGCUAUGG